AUGGCAUUGAAACCCAAUAAAUAUACACUCCUUUUAAGAGUGCAUUUACUUUAUUUAUUAAUUAUUGUAGACAAUCACAAGAUUAUUAAUUUACAUCCCCAAUUGUUUGUCUUAUGGCCUCAUUGCCCUUUUAGCCUAUUGAGGAAAGGAGAUAGAAUGGGAAGAAGGAGAUUGAGGGGAGUGGCUGACUGGAUAGAAAAAAACGAAUCUGAAGUCAAAUUAAUGUUAAAGGGAAGGGAGUAGAGGGAGGAAGCUGAAGAUUUAGGAAGGAGGUGAGGAGAGGGAUUUAAGGAGAGAAACAGAGGAGAUGAAGAGGGAGAAGGAGAUUUUAGAAUUAAACAAUCACUACAAGAAAAUGAAGGCAAAAAAGGGAUUGUUUCUCCGAUUAUAGGGAAAGAAAAAGGUAAUAUAGGGCCAAUCGAGAGGGAGUAAUAAAUUGAGAGGAGUAAUAAAUGAGGGGAGGAAUGAAUGUAGGGAAGACGAUUAAGUGAAUGUAUUUGCGCAGCAGUCAGGCCGCCCACCCAAAAAUUUUUAUA